CGUGACUAGUGACUAUUUUCCGCCACUGCCGGAAGUUGAGGCGUCCUGCAGCUCCCUCAUGGCGACCGGGAGGAACUGAGUCCUUGAGUGGGGCAGUCCCCUCAUUAGGGCAAACCCCAGUGCCACGCUGGAUCCAGACGGUUACUCGAGGUGACCUCCACACCGCUGUCAUCUGAUGGUUUCCUGAGCCCGUUGUGUAUGACGUAGUAAUUCCUCUGGGAACAAUGGCAAAAUACUUUCUAGGCUUUAGUGAGCUGAAGAGCUCAUGGGACCAAGUGUUCACCGCUUUUUGGCAGCGUUAUCCAAACCCUUACAGCAAGCAUGUCCUGUCUGAAGACAUUCUAUACCGAGAGAUGACCAGUGACCACAAACUGUUGACCAGGAGGCUUUUAACAAAGACCAACCGCCUGCCAAGGUGGGCCGAGCGUUUCUUUCCAGCCAACGUGGCCAAUGCCGUGUACGUUAUAGAGGACUCCAUAAUGGAUUGUCACAAGAAGACCUUGACAACCUAUACCUGGAAUAUAAACCACAGUUCAAUUAUGUCUGUGGAGGAACGUUGCAAAUACUGUAAACAUUCAGAGAACAGGAAUUGGACAGAGAUUAAGAGAGAGGCUUGGGUGUCUUCGAAGGUGUUUGGUUUUAGCAGACCCAUACAGGAGUUUGGUCUAGCUCGGUUCAAAAGUAACGUGACCAAGGCAGUAAAAGGCUUUGAAUUUAUCCUGGCAAAAAUGCAAGGGGAUACUCCAGCAAGGACACUGGUAGAAACUGCAAAGGAGGCAACAGAAAAAGCAAAGGAAACCGCCUUUGCAGCGAAGGAGAAAGCCAAAGACUUGGCCAAUAAGGCAGCUACAAGUAAGAAGAAACAGUUUGUGUGAGGUUCCUCUGGCUGCUAUCCUAAACACUAGAUCACUACAUCUCUGGCACAGGAAGCUGGUAGUGCUGCUGGGUUCCUUGAUCAUCUGAACCAAAUGAAACUAUUUCUAUAAGUGAAUAAUACUUCUUUAUUAUGUUGUAAGUGCAACAGAAAACUUGAAUAGUAACAUGGAAGAAAUGAAGAACGUUGCUCUUUUUGUAUUUAUGAUUAAAGUAUGAUCCGUUAAACAAA